AUGCCCGGGCGCGUGGCCGAAGCUAUCGCAACUCCAGUCCCUUACGGUCUCCGCGUGGACGCUGACCGCAUGGAGGCGUUGAUCGACGGCUUGUCGUUGGUCCCGGCGCUGACGUCUCUUGAUUUUUGCGAUUGCGACCUCUCUUCGUCGGCGGAGCCGCUCAUGGAGACGCUUGCGACGACGUGCAUGCAUCUCGAGACGCUCCAUGUCUGGGGUUGGGAUGCUUUGACGCGGCGUGAGGUCGUAGCUGUCCUCUCUGGCACGCUGAACCUGCCGCGCUUGACGUCGCUGAGCAUGGUGAUCCUGCUCUCUCCCAUGCUCGACGUGCUUCCGGAGCUCGUUGCCGCGGGCCGCCAUCUCCGGACGCUCCACUUGGAGACCAUUUACGAAAAGCCUGGCGGUGUUGGUGAAGGCAAGCGCGCGCUCUGUCGGGCGCUAGCACUUCUCCAGAACGCCCCAUUCUUCAUGGACGCGCUGCCAGAAGACACCGAUGGGUUUGUGGUGCUGCCAGAGCUCGCCAACGCCGGCCAUCCUCUUGGUGCCUAUCCGUAG